AUGUCAAAUAUUCGUUCUAUGUUGAUGGAACCAAUGAGUCAUAAUUUACACCGACGAGCUCAACAAUCAUUCAUGAUCAAGAAGAUGACUUCGUUCAUAAAAGAUCUUGUUGAUUUAAAGUGCAUAUUCGAUGAGUUUCGUACGAAUUCUUUUCGUUCUGAUAAUGAAUUUGUCAAACAAAAUGAUUUUGAUUGGAACUAUCUUAUAAAUUCUAAUGAAUCUUUUCCAAAAUAUGCUUCAUUAUUUCGUAAUGAUCAAAUGAAAACCAACAACAUUGAGAUUGCUGAACUAACAAUCGACAAAGUCAUUCAACGUGUUGGUUAUUUAAAAGACGAAAAUACUUUUCGAGAAUAUUAUCAAUAA